GGCCUUGGUGCACGCACAGGUCGCUCACAGCGGCUCCGCUGCGAAGGCGGCCGAGGGCGCGCCCCUCCGGGAGAGACGCCAUUGGGCUUUGCCACAGGCAGGGCGGGGCGCGAGGGACGCCGAGUCCGCCUGCCGAGCAGCCCCUGGACUGGGCUCGCGGAGAGAGCAGAAAGUCGUUGCGAAGAGCCGAAUAGGUGCAGGCCGGCGGAAGCGGGGCCAAGCGCGGCCGGAAGGAGCCGAUCCGGCCCGAAGGGAGUUGAGGGCGGCUGGGCGUUAGGCCCCGCGGAGGCCGCGCCAUGGCGGCAGAGGGGACAGCUGUGGUCGGAGGCGGGGCUGCCGGAGGCCGCCUGGCCAAGGACGGCUUGGGACAGUCCAAGCUCCCCAACGCGACCCCGAACCGGAGGCGCUCCUCGUCGCUCUCGCGUGACGCUGAACGCCGAGCCUACCAAUGGUGCCGGGAGUACCUGGGCGGGGCCUGGCGCCGAGUGCGGCCUGACGAGUUGAGGGUUUGCCCCGUGAGCGGAGGCCUCAGCAACCUGCUCUUCCGCUGUUCGCUCCCGGACCACCUGCCCAGCGUUGGCGAGGAACCCCGGGAAGUGCUGCUAAGACUGUAUGGGGCCAUCCUGCAGGGCGUUGAGUCCUUGGUGCUUGAAAGCGUGAUGUUUGCCAUCCUUGCAGAGCGGUCACUGGGGCCUCAUCUCUAUGGAGUCUUUCCAGAGGGCCGGCUGGAACAGUACCUCCCAAGCCGGCCACUGAAAACUCAAGAGCUUCGAGAGCCAGUGUUGUCAGCAGCCAUUGCCACGAAGAUGGCCCAGUUCCAUGGCAUGGAGAUGCCUUUCACAAAGGAGCCCCACUGGCUGUUUGGGACCAUGGAGCGGUACCUAAAGCAGAUCCAGGACCUGCCUUCUGCUACCCUCGUACAGAUGAACCUGCUCGAGAUGUACAGCCUGAAGGAUGAGAUGGACAACCUCAGGAAGUUCCUAGACUCCACCCCAUCUCCAGUGGUCUUCUGCCACAAUGACAUCCAGGAAGGGAACAUCUUAUUGCUCUCAGAGCCAGAAAAUGCUGACAGCCUGAUGCUGGUUGAUUUCGAGUAUAGUAGUUACAACUACAGGGGCUUUGACAUCGGGAACCAUUUUUGUGAGUGGGUUUAUGAUUAUACUCAUGAGGAAUGGCCUUUCUACAAAGCACAACCCACAGACUACCCCACUCGGGAACAGCAGCUCCAUUUUAUUCGACAUUACCUAGCAGAGGUAAAGAAAGGUGAGACUCUUCCCCAAGAGGAGCAGAAAAAACUGGAAGAAGAUUUGCUGGUAGAGGCCAAUCGGUAUGCUUUGGCAUCCCAUUUCUUCUGGGGUCUGUGGUCCAUCCUCCAGGCAUCCAUGUCCACCAUAGAAUUUGGCUACUUGGAGUAUGCCCAGGCUCGGUUCCAGUUCUACUUCCAGCAGAAGAGGCAGCUGACCAGCUUCCAGUCAUCCUCUUGACUUUCCAACCCUCAGUCCUUGGAUUUCUCCUAGAGCCUCCAGGGCAGGACCUUGGAGGGGGAAUCAUAGAGCAAUAAGCGAAUAAGCAUGGGGGACUGGGCCUGUCUCUGAGUGAGACAGUGGUUGAGGAGACCGACCUUUCCCCCAGUUUGAGCAGGUCUUGCAGUGAGCAGGCAGAUGGGAGCCCCUUGCCCGCACACCGUAAUAAAUGAGCUUGUUCCUUCA